AUGGAAGAUGAAUCUGCAGAGAAGCAGGGGAAUAAGCAGUUGGCAACUUACAACGACGAAACAGAGCCGCCAUUAGAGAAGCUCAACGAAGUUCUACUCUGCAACUCGCAAGAACCCAGGAAGAAACCCGAGGAAUCCAAGGGCGCGGCGGCUCCUCCUCCUCCUCGCCCCCGCAAGAAACGAGAACCGCAGAAGGAAGUGGUGGACCUGAGAGGCCUAUUAACUCAAUGCGCGCAGGCUAUGGAGAACUACGACGGCCGGGCGAUGACGGAGCUUCUGGCGAAGAUCAGACACCACUCUUCUCCGCGUGGCAACGGAAAGGAGAAGCUGGCGUUUUACCUGGCCAACGCGCUCGAGGCGCGGCUCAACGGUGCCGGCACAGCGAUCUUCACCCUCCAAUUCUCCAACAACAUCUCGGCGGCGAAUAUCCUCAAAGCUUACCACAUGUACAUUAAAGCCAGCCAGUUCAAGAAAAUCUCAAAUAUUUACGUGAAUCAUUACAUCAUGAAAAUGGCGGCCGGAAAACACGCCCUGCACGUGAUCGAUUUCGGAGUUCUCUACGGUUACCAAUGGCCGUGUAUGAUUCAAGGCCUCUCCAACCGCCCUGGCGGCCCCCCCAAGCUCCGGAUUACCGGAAUCAAUCUCCCCCAGCCGGGGUUCAAGCCGGCGGAGAGAGUGGAGGCCACCGUAGCUAGGUUAAAGAAAUACUGCGAGCAAUUUAACGUCCCGUUUGAGUUCAAAGCCAUAGCCAAGAGAUGGGAAACCAUAAAACUCGAAGAUCUCGAGAUCGAGAGGGACGAAGUUCUCGCCGUGAACUGCAUGUACCAUCUGGAGAACGUGCCAGACGAGACAGUGGUCUCCGACAGCCCGCGCGACAUCGUCCUAGGUUUAAUCAAACAAAUCCGCCCGGACAUCUUCAUCCACGGCGUCGGCAACGGCGCGUACAACUCCCCAUUCUUCACGACGCGGUUCCGGGAGGCCAUCUUCCACUUCUCCACCUUGUUCGACAUGUUCGAGGCCGUCCGGGUGUUGUUGAGAGUAAAUCUUAGUGGGUUGUGA